AUGGCUCGCUUUUUCAUUGCCAAGGAAUUAUCAGCUGUCCUCACCAGGAGAGGUUUUGCCACGGCGAGUCAGGGCGUCGGGUCGGGCGCCGCGAGAAACGGAGCCCCGACCGUUAUGUUGAAAAAGGGGUCGGACGAACCCCGGAAGAUUUCGUGGGUGCCCGACCCGGUUACCGGAUACUAUCGACCCGAGAACCAGUCCAACGAGAUUGGCCCGGCCGAGCUGCGCGAGAUGCUCAUCAAUAACAACAAAACCAGAGGACAGUGA